GAGAAACUGAGUCGUGCGUCACCUGCGUUUGUUAUCCACUUGUAGUGCCGCACAUACAUUGUAGAAAGACCACUGUAGACGAUCAUCAACAGCCUCGGAAAUACAUCUAUUCAUGGAUUCGAGCGAACAAAUGAAACAACUUUUUCCCUCUUUCUGCCCCUCAGGUCCCCGCGAAAUUGCACUAUUGUGCGAGUCUUGCGGGACGACGCCAAACCUAAUUGAGUAGUUGUUUCAUCACUAGUAGAAGCGGAACACGCAAGUGUGUGUUUUGGUGCUGAGUACUUGUACAAUCAUCCACGACCCACACGACCGAAACUUUUUACACUAGUAUAUCACUCAUUGUGAUUUCUUGUACGAUCACCCCCGACAUCAACCCUUCGCGAAGUGAAAAUUACCGACAUAAGGACACACCUCCGUGGAUUGAGUCGAUCUGCAUCAAGAUUAGGCGGAAUUAUAAAUCGGAGUAGUUCUUACUUUUUUUAAUAGAGUCGAUGGUGUUGUCGACGCUGCGCGCGUCGCGGAGUGCCGCGCGCCGCGUGGCGGCGCAGAACGCGCAGCCCAGCAGUUCCGCGUCCUCGAGAGCUCCUUUUCGCUCGCAAGUCAGAUGUUUCUCGGAAAGCAAGGACCACCUCCCGGUGGCCGACCGGCUCGCCUUCUUCGACCGGACGAGAAGUGGGCACUUUAUCCCGCUCAAGCCGGACCCGAACCUGCACGCGGAACUGGAAACCUUCGACCAUCCCACGAUUCCGAAGAAGAAGUUCGUGAAGGGAAUUCGGCCGCCGGCGGGGCUGUACGAGGCGAUGUACGGAGUUCUGAAAGACGAGCUGAAGGCCAUGGAGGACAUUAGUAAGUACGACCAAGGCAUCAGCGAAAUGUUGACCGAAACCGAACAGAAGGGCUACCUCGAUUCCCUCCUUGCGAACUUACUUUUCCCAAAAGUCGUCGCACCGCGCGCACAAAUGGCCACAAAAAAGACGAUGUUGUUCCCCGCUUCCAUCUACUCGCAUAUGCCAAUCGGGAUGGGAAACUACUGCAUGCAGAAGAUGGGCGGAAGUUUUGAGGAGAGUUAUCGCUACGUCACCUACUAUCGUUCCGGGCUCAUGAUGGAAGAGUACUUAUUUCGUUUUGCUGAAUUUUCACCGUCGAGUCAAAUGAAACAAAUGGGCAACAUAGCUCUGCAACACAAAGAACAAAGCUAUUUGCACGAGGUGGCGCUUCUGUACUCGUACACGAAUUUUUCAAUCUUCCAUCGUAGAUCUGUCACAACAUCAUAACUGCUUAUGCUUACACAUCUAUCAAACAGGUUGUACCGCAUUGGGUACACGCAGGACGAAGCCAUCAAGAUGAUCUAUGGCGUUCUCAAACGUUACAUUCUCAACUGUUACAUGGAUUUGUGAUGCAAGAAUGGCAAAAGUCAAAGGGGUGACCUUGCGCGUCUAGCAUGACAAAUUUGGCACAGAUUCUCAGCCUGUUUGGCUGUUCGAGAAUUUGUCAUGCGAAGCAGCUUGAUCGUAUCAAUUCUAAUUGUGAUUUUGCAUGACAAAUCAUGUAACAGUUGAGAAUGUAACGUUUGAGAACGCCAUAUGAUCGCGAAAGAGCACUUCAUGCAGUACUGGUCCGGCGACCCCUUCGGCCCGAAGCGCGACCCGCACAUCUAUAACCCCUUCAAGCGGACCUUUUACCCGCCGCUGUCGCCGAUCUCCGAGGGGUCCACGGAUCUGGGUCGUGACCACGAGCUGGAGACCGCCCGCCUGUUCGCCGCCGGCUUCGAGGGGAUGACACCGCCAGUGACCAUUCUCUCGUCCGGUGACACGGGUAUGUUCACCGACGGUGCCCUGAAUUCCAUCCAGCACCUGGUCGAGGCCUCGGAGCGCGGCUUCAAAAUGCCACUGGUGUACCAGGUCUGCAUGAACAAUUCCGCCAUCAGUACGCGGUACGACAAGGGCAGGGAUUACGGUGUGGAUGACUUGGAUGUGUGCUUGAUGAAAUUGGAGAACCGCUUCGCGCAGUAUGAGGGCCUGAUCGACCCCGGGUUCGUCUCCCGUGCGGGCGAUGUCAAGGACGGCAUGGACUGCAUGCGGAAAGCAGUCGACCAGGUACAAAGGGGUAGAUUGUUGCUUGAUGUUGCGUCAGUAGACGAUACGAAAACUACUAGGCAAAUCUUGUUCCGUUCGCAACAACGGAACGCACAUGAGAAAUGAAAUUUUUCACCUCACAUACGACUUCACCUUGCAUACGAAAUGACCAGGUGCUGGAAACCGGUCGGCCGACGUACGUGAUCAGUUCCUUCCCGUUCCGUCCGGGUGGCCACGCGGCGGAUGCCAACCCGUCCCCCGAGCCGAUCAUUCUGGAUCAGUUCAAGAAGACGCGCGACAUCUUCCUGAGCCAGCUGUGCGCCGCUGCGCCCAAGGGCACCACCGGCCCGCAGCUCGCGAGCAUGAUGGAGGAAUUCCAUGACAAGGUCUACGAGGAGGUGGAACUCGCGAUUCGCGGCAAGAACAUCCUGACCCGCGAGCAGGCCCGCGAAAUUUCGCAGCCGGGGAUCACCACGACCUUGGCCAACGAACCGGGUCAGAUCGUAAACAUCGACAUUGACUACAUGCUGGCCAAGAACCAAACCGAGUUCGCGGGGAUGGGGUCGGAUAUCUACGGCCGAGCCAUCAACAACCAGUUCGACAAGUGCGAAGCCGAAGGCCGGACAGUCAGGUAUUGUAGUAAAGCGCCAAAGCAAUAGCAAACUGCUGGUUUUGUAGCAUGAGUGCAUGGCUUAGGCAACACUCCACCCUUCGCCCGUGCUAGAGGUAAGCGGGUCGCUUAGGAAGACAAUGUAAAGGUUGUUGCGCGCCGGCAGCAUUUGCUUUUCCGGACUCGCAUUAUAAUCUCCUAGUGUUGAUAUCGUACAAUUAUUUCCGCCUUUAUUUCAGAUACGUCCAUCAAGAGAACCACUAUGCGGGCGAGCACGAUUCUCGCGGUGGCGUCUACGGCGAACUGAACGCUGUGCAGGGGAAGCACACCAAGAAGUUCGUGUCCAUCUUUCCGCAGGAGGCCCAAGUGAUGCAGGUCGGUAUGGCCAUGCGCUCCGUGCUGCCGGAUAACAAUCUGGUUUUCGUCAAGGGACCGCACACCAUCUUCAACGAGCAUGCCCGGGACAUCAUGAAGUACGCCGCUUUCCUGGUUUGCGAUAGGGGGUUGAAGGGGAACUGCAUUUACUUCUUCGAUGGCGGAAGUAUUGCAGAUAAGGACAACUUCAAGUACAAGGACGCCGAAACUGGGGAGGAGGUAUUCUGAAGUGCUUUUUUUCUCUCUUCGUUUCCACUCUGAAAGUGUCUAGUGUAGUGAAGUUCAUCGAACAAAAUUGAUUUGAAACCACCACAAAUCUCAUGAUCUGAUCAGAUCCAACGCGACUUGUGGCUCGCGGGCGUCGGUGAGCACCACAACACCCCGGAGUACUCUUCCUACGCGGCCGACGCAAACACGGUGAUGGCCGUUCCCUGCGACAUGAACGUGUUGUCUGCGUGCAUGACCGAGAUGGUCCGCCUCUACGACAUGGGCCGUUUCAUCACUGCGGUUGCGCCCACCAAGGCCUUCCAGGUCCUCCACCCCAAAUUCGCGUGCUUGCCGGAGGGCCAGGGCUUCACGAUUAACGACAUCCUGAAGGUCGACUUCAAGGACAAGGGCAAGGUCGCCCCGAAGACCGGCCGUCCCCUCAUCGUGCUGUCUUACGGGCCGGACGCGAAGCUCGUCGCAAAAACCAUCGCGGACCACGGCGUAUUAAUUUUUGCCUUAAGAGCGACUAAUUCCAAUUUCUGUCUUCAAACUUUGUAUCAUCGAUGAACUGCACGCAGAUUUUGGUCUCAUAAUUGUGCUUUCGGGCGAAUAAUCACAGGUGCAAUGCGAAAUGUUCGUCUUCAACUUCAACCGCGUUCCGAACUCUUUGGUGAGCUACCUGCAAUCUCGGUUGAGCGAAGACCUGGAUAUCCUGCUGGUUGACCAGAAUUGCGACGCGGCCCUCUUUGGUCCCGUCGUCACGGAUCUGAAGCAGAAGCUCGGCAACCCGCGCAACUUCUUCUUCGCGGAGUGCACCAUCCCGAAAACGUUUAUCCCGUACGGCUUCGGUGAGCCGCUCCUGCAAGACAAGGACAUCACUGCCAGCCUCGCGGAAAUCGGCGUCAUCGACGGUGCUGCCGCGCCGAAGGUAUGUUUUUGCUUUACUUCUUCUUUUCAGAAACAGUGGCCGCUUCUACGAAAAAGAAAAUCUAGAGGCGCAGCUCCCACUUACCCCUUCAAAAAGUUAUGUGUCUGAUGUAUCUCUGUGUUUCAUUCGAUUUACAACAGGCAUCCGCACCGAAAGCCGCUGCGGCACCCGCAGCCGCCCCUGCUGCCGCACCCGCGGCGAGCGCCCCGUCCGGCGGUGGUGCCGCUGUCAAGGUCAAUGCGCCGAUGGACGGAGAGGGCGUGUACCUGACCUUCCACAAGAAGGUGGGCGAUUCGGUAUCCAAGGGCGACAUCGUCGUCGAAGUUGAGUCCGACAAGGCCACCAUCGAGGUCGCUGCCACCACUGACGGUAAAGAAAAGUUAGUUUUUUUCUAUCGUCCUCGACCUGCUGCGAGGCACAUUUCACUUCAAUUUUGCCUGCUUGCGCCGAAGAAAAUCACGCCAUUUUCUUCAUCAAUACUUCAGGUGUGAUCGCGGAGUUCUUCGCUGAGGAGCAAGAAGAGAUGGACGUGGGCCCAGACACUGCGCUCUUUAGCAUCGAGCCUGCUGGUGGAGCGGGUGGUGCUGCCCCCGCGGCGGCCCCGGCCGCACCCGCAGCGGCUGCCCCGGCCAGCGGUGGCGGCGAGGUGGUCAACGUGAACGCACCGAUGGAUGGCGAAGGUAUUUUUUUGAUGCUGGCCAGAAUUGUUUAGCCUGCUUUUGAUUGAACAAGACAACAGAUCUACAUCACCUUGCGGAGUACUAAAUUCAGUUAUCCCCUGCUCAAACCUUGACACCAUUAUCGCAAAACAAACCUCUCUAAAAUCGCAUCAGGUGUUUACCUGACCUUCCACAAGAAGGUCGGUGAUUCCGUUUCCAAGGGCGACAUCGUCGUCGAAGUUGAGUCCGACAAGGCGACGAUCGAAGUGGCCGCGCCCGCGGACGGUGUGAUCAAGGAAUUUUUCGCUGAAGAGCAAGAGGAGAUGGACGUGGGUCCCGAUACUAAGCUGUUCUCCAUGGAGAAGGGCGGCGGUGGCGGUGCUGCUCCGGCGGCGGCCGCUGCGCCCGCUGCUGCUGCUCCGGCGGCCGCCGCUGCGCCCGCAGCUGCGGGUGCUGACGGCGUGAAGGAGGUCGCCCUGUCGCGGGUGGAGCAGGCGAUGGUGAAGGCUAUGACGAUCACGCUGGAGGAUACCCGCACGUUCAGUCAGUUCGACUCGCUGGACUUCAACAAGGUCCGGGCCAUCGGGAAGGAGGCCGGCGUCACCCCACCGAUUGUGAUGGUCAAGUACCUGGGCGAAGCCGCCAAGAAGCACAACCUGAACAAAAAGCUGUCCAAGGACCGAAAGUCCAUGCUGUUCCGGGACCAGGUCGACAUCGGUAUCGCGGUGGAUGUCGGCUCCGGGCUGCGCACGUGCGUGAUCCGGGACGUGACCAACAAGACUCUGCAGCAAAUCAACGCGGACGUGCAAGGCUUCGUCGCUGCGGGCGGAAAGUUGUCCCCGCAGGACACCGAUUUGACUACAGUUUCCUACACCGUCACCUCCAUUGGGAAGAACGCGGCGAAAUUUGCAGUUUCCGUUUUGCCGCCCAAGACCGCCGGUAUUCUGUCUAUCGGCCGCAUGGCGAAAGAUGGUGAGGCCUACCUCUCCUUGGCUAUGUGCCACGCGACCUUGACCGGAGUUGAGGGUAUGACCUUGCUGGGUGAGGUCAGAGACAGCCUGUCCUAAGCACUUCAGUGGUCGAGUAGUUUUUUGAUAGUUCUGUGGUCGAGUGGCAACCUUGUAAUUCACUUGCUAGAAAAUUUUCCAGACUUGGUGUCCACGAGUCACAGGCCACGAUCUCGCUGUACUCUGUCAGACUACUACUGCGCCAUUUCGUGACGUCGUCGCCCUAGUUAUUUUCUCUCACUUUUCUGAGAGGAACGAAUUAGGCAAGCGAACACAAUUUUUGUUCUCUCUUGCAAAAGAGAUGAUGAAACUAUUGCGCCAGACGUUUCUUCGUGACAGAAUAGGCAAUUUUUACUCGUUUCCGCAUCACCUCAUCUUUUUUCGGUUUCGCGUUUCUCAGAUUCUAUGGAAAACAAGCAGACAAGCACUUCUAUUUCACUUUAGUCUUGGAAUAUAAUCCUUGCAAAAUCCUAUACACGCAUUUGACAGCCAUUGGAAACUCAGAAACAUUACAUCCGUAAGAUUCUUGUCGUCGAUGAUAUGUUAAACAAAACUAUGUGGCGUUGCCUCCGUCCGUCUCCGACUAGUACAGCGGACACGGCUAAUGAUACGUACCAAAUGCAAAAUAUGUAGCUCCGUUCAACACCGG